CGGACCGCGACGAGCUCCAUAAGCAAAUCAGCCCCGUGAGCGCAAGGUCCGACGCGUCGUCAAGCAUGAGCACAAAGAAGAGCCCUGCCAAGGCCCCGAAGCACGUCGAGGAAGAUGUCGAUGCCGAGGAAGAGGAAGAUGAUGUUGAGGACGCCGGCGACGACAGUGUGGAAGACGAAGAUGGCGACGACGAGCCGGCCGACGACUCGGCCGAGGACCAAGAGGGCGGCGACGACGAGGAAGACGACGAUACGCAUGAAGAAGAAGGUGCUGAAGAUGCCGAAGAAGAGGUCGGUUUAUCCUAUCUGUAUACAGAAUUCGAGGACGAUGAGAACGACGAGGACUUUGAAGGCGACGCUGGUGGCGACGACGAUGACGACGAAGCCGAAGAUGACGACGAUGAGGAUGAAGAAGAGGCUCGCCCGGCAAAGAAGCAGAAGAAAUAAAUCGCCAGGUUGCAUGUACUAAGUCCCACGACGCACCGUGUGGUGCAGUUAUACGAGCAGCGCGCAUCGUCGGACGUUCUCUUCCGUCUUUUCGCCAUCCACAUA